AUCAGUUUAAAGUGAUCCAUUAACAUUCCUCAAGAUGAAAUCGGCUCUGGUCAUUGCCCUGUGCUUCUGCUUGUUCACGGCUGCUACAGCUGCCCCACAACCAGGACUGCUCAGCUCCUUGACCAACAUCGUUGGAGCCGUUGUCGAUGGUACCGUUAAUGUGAUCAACACCGUCGUUACUGAUACAGCAAACCUCAUCAAUGGCGUUCUGGGCGGUAUCGUUUCGGGUAUCACAGGCACACAAACAUCACUCAGCAACACUAUCGGAACUAUCGGAGGUGUUCUCAAUAACAUAACAUCGGGAAUUGUCAAUGCUACUGGCACCGCUCUGCAGAACGCCUUCUCGACUGUGGUCAAUGCUAAUAUUGCCUUGAACAACGUUGCUGUGGCCGUAUUAGGAAACAUUUCCAGUGAUGUAGCUACUGCCUUGAACAACACGGUCUCUGGUCUGAAGAAUCUGGCUAACAAUUUGAAUGCAACGGUCGCUAACGCCAUCAGUGCUGGAACCACUGGCACGUCAGCAUUCUUGAAUAAUUUGAACAAUCUGACCAAUGCCAUCAAAUCUGCUGUGCAGAACGUUACUGGAACCUUGAGCACGGUUCUUCCUACCGUUGCCGCGAAUGUUCAAUCUCAGGUGAACUCUAUUGGAAAUACCGUCAGCGGACUUCUCGCCAAUGUCGCCUCUAAUGUUGGAACCGUUGUCAAAAAUGCUUUGACAAACGCUGGAAAUGCCCUCGGAAAAGUCGAGACUGCUCUUGCCAAUUUGACAAGCAACGUUGUCGCCGGCUUGACUGCUGAUGCUCAAUUGGCUGUUCAAACCGCUGUCACUAACCUUCAAGGUCUGGCAAGUGCUCUUAAUGCAACGAUUGCUAAUGCCACCAGCGCUGGAACUACGGGAAGCAACAACUUCGCAUUGGCUUUGAACAAUCUCACCAGUGCCAUCAAUGCUACGCUACAAGGAAUCUCUGGAACUCUGUCCGCAUCGGUCCCCACUCUGAUCAGCAACGUUCAAUCUCAGCUGGCCAACGGUCUCAGUAACCUCGCCAACCUUGCAGCAUCUGUUGGAAACACCGUCGCAACCACCGCCUCUAACACGCUGUCGAACGUCCUCGCUGCUCUGGGCAACACCAAAUCCGCCCUGACCACGGUUGCCAAUAACGUUCUUGGUAACGCUUCUGCCCUGCUGUCAGCCGAUGUGCAGGCUGCCGUUACGGAUCUGCAGUCGAUUGCUAGUUCCUUGAAUGCCACUUUGGCCACCGCCGUCGCCACCGGAACAGCCUUAACCAGCGAUGUUUUGGCCGCCCUAAACACUCUGGCUACCAGCCUGAAUGCUACCGUCCAGGCGGUGGCCAGCGCCCUUGUGACGGCGCUGAACACUACCACCACCACCAGCACGACUACGACCACGACGGCAGCGCCAGCGACCGCCCUCUGCGGAAUUGUUUGCCAAUUGCUGAAGGCUUUGGGUUAAAAUAGUUACAAAGCGUGGGGUUUGGAUAUUAU